AAUCAUCAUCCGGAUUCAGCAGCUCCACAUCAGUGACUGGGCUGGUUACAGUGUGUCACGUGAUUUGACAGAAAAAGCAGCGAUGGAGAAAAGCUAAGGAAGGUAUCUGCCCUGGUAGUGGCUUCCUCUUUACCCAGAGUGCUUGUGGAAUGGCAGCAGUUUGGCAGCAGGUGUUGGCAGUGGACGCAAGGUACAAUGCUUACCGCACGCCUACCUUCCCACAGUUCCGAACUCAGUACAUCCGCCGACGCAGCCAGCUGCUCAGAGAGAACGCCAAGUGUGGCUUUGAGCCAGGGCUGCGCAGGCAGUACCUGAAGCUGCGCAGUCAGCUGCUGGCCCUGCGCUACGGGCCCCUGUCUGAGCAGAGCAGCUUCAGGGCCAGCAGUGUGCGCAGCUCCCGCACCACACUGGACCGAAUGGAGGACUUUGAGGAGGACCCCCGUGCCCAAGGGGCUCGUGGUCAUCGCCGGUCUGUCAGUAGAGGCUCGUACCAGCUACAGGCCCAGAUGAACAGAGCCGUCUACGAUGAGAGGCCUCCGGGCAGUUUGGUGCCCACCUCAGUGGCAGAGGCCAGUCGUGCCAUGGCAGGAGACACAACAUUGAGUGAAAAUUAUGCUUUUGCUGGCAUGCACCACAUAUUUGAUCAACAUGUCGACUCUGCUGUUCCACGUUUGCAGUUUGCCAAUGAUGACAAGCACCUCCUUGCUUGCUGCUCACUGGACGGCACUCUGUCCAUUAUGACACUCUCACCACCUCCUCCCAGUGUGAAGGUGACCCUAAAAGGUCAUGGAGGUCCAGUUACAGACUUUGCCUGGUCUCUGAGCAAUGACAUCAUUGUGUCGACAUCGCUGGACGGGACACUCCGUAUUUGGAAUACAGAGGAUGGCCGGUGCAUCCGAGAGGUCAGAGAUCCAGAAUCCAGCGAGUUGCUCUGCUGCACCUUUCAACCCAUGAAUAAUAACCUUACUGUGGUGGGAAACAGCAAGCACCACCUGCAGGUGGUGAACAUCUCCACUGGGAAGAAGGUGAAGGGGGGCUCCAGUAAGCUGACAGGCCGCGUGCUGUCUCUCUCCUUUGAUGCUCCAGGGAAGAUCCUUUGGGCCGGUGAUGACAGGGGGAGCAUCUUCUCUUUCCUCUUUGACAUGGCCACAGGGAAGCUUACUAAAGCCAAGCGUCUGGUGGUGAGUGAAGGCAGCUCUAUCUGCAGCAUAUCCGCUCGUUCCUGGAUUAGCCGAGAGGCCAGAGACCCCUCGCUGCUGGUUAACGCCUGUGUCAAUAAGCUUCUGCUGUACAGGGUGGUAGACAACGAGGGAACACUACAGCUGAAGAGAAGCUUCCCCAUCCAGCAUGGAUCCCAGCUCGUUCAUAGCAUCUUCUGCCCCCUCAUGUCUUUCAGACAAGGGGCCUGUGUGGUGACUGGCAGCGAGGAUGGCUGCGUCUACUUCUUCGAUGUCGAGCGCAACACCAAGGCGAUAGUAAACAAGCUGCAGGGUCAUGGGGGUCCAGUGUUGGAUGUCAGCUUCAACUGCGACGAGAGUUUACUUGCAUCUGCUGAUUCCACCGGCAUGGUCAUCAUCUGGAGGCGUGAGCAAAAGUGACUGAUCCACUAAUGAAAAAAACCAUGUUAAAAAUUUAAAAAAGCUUCCAUCCACUGCAUAUAAAAAGCCUGCUGCUCCUUAACCGUCCAAUAACAAGUCUUUAGAUUUUCACUGGAAUGUAACAGGCUGCGUCAAAUGUUUAAUGUAAUGAUACUCAAGUGCAAUCAGAACGCCAUGCUGUGUAGGUGGUAGGGAUGUCUUAGAAAUUCAUGGUGUGGGAGGUGGGCUGUGUGUGUCAGUGCUCCUACAGCUGCAGCUGAGAAAUGGCUUUUUCUUUUUUUUUCUUUGGUUUGUAAAGAAUGAACGAGCACUAAUACCAUGCAUGUGUCAUGGCUGACCUCAAGUUGGGUGGAUACGACCUACUUCAUGUGAAGAGAACACAUAAUUUUCCAAAAAAAACAAAACAAAAAACACUUUAUAUCACACUGACAGUCCCUCUGGCAUAGAUCUAGUUCACUAUUUAUGUAACUGUUAUUCAAUCAGUGUAAUCAAGUGUAGUAAAAUGGCCUUAUUUGCUUUCAGUUGCUGUUUUGCAUUUGAGACCAUGUGCAUGAAACUGAAAUCCGGAUCAGGCAUAUCAAAUCAUGACAAAAAAGAUUAAAGGGUGUUUUUAAGUAUGUGUUUGUACUUAACCUGUAUGUGUGUGUGCGUGUAUACUCGGGUCAAGCUGGUUGCUGAUUCAUUUAAUUUAUUUCACAAAUCCACAAUAAACUAUUGUAAAUGUCAGUUGCCUUUGCUGCCUUUUUCAUGGCAUACAUGGAUCUCGGUAUAAUUGGAAACGGAAAUGUGCAUACCAGAGGUGCUCAGAGUAGUAAAGUGGUCAAACCUACAGUGUAGGAGAAUAUUAGUCAUAGUGUGGGUCUUCAAGAUCUACACUGCAACAGUCAUUUCUGGUGUUCAGAGAUGGUUUAUUGUAUAUGGAGAGCGGUAAAUUCUUCUCUGGGUAUAAAGGCCAUCCUACCAACAUGGUCUUAAAGACUAAAAUAUAACAUAGUUCAUCAAUCUGGUGGCAAAAUGCACUGGAUAGAUUGCUAUUCAGUAAAAAGGACUAGAUGUUACAGUCCCUGAUAAUGCAUGGGGACUGUAACAUCUAGUCCUUUUUACUGAAUAGCAAUCUAUCCAGUGAUCUUGACUUUUCUGAUCUUGGUUGAUUUUGCAUUCUGCCUUAAUGCUGAGUGAAAUCGAUCCCAACAGGUGGCUGUCCCUCCCUGAGGGACGGCUGGUUCUGCCAGAGGUUUCUUCCUGUUAAAAGGGAUUUUUUUUCCCUUCUCACUGUCGCCAAGUGUUCUUUUCAUUGUUGGGGUUUUCUGUUUUCUUUGUAUUAUUGUGGGGACUGUACUUUACAAUAUAAAGUGCCUUGAGGCGACUGGUGUUGUGAUUUGACACAAAUAAAACUGGAUAUUGAAUUGAAAUAUCUCAAAAAUCUCUAUACCUUAAAUAUUUUGUAUCACUUGUGGAUGACUUUCACUUUGGUGAUUGCCCUCUUUCUUUUGCUAAUCUAAUAAGAAAUGUAAUCAGAUUCUUGAUAACCAUGGUUCCAUAUUUAUAAGCCAAUCCAUUACAUACACCUGGGCAACUAAUUGUUAAUGCAAAUCUCUAACCAGCCAAUCACAGGGCAGUAACACUUAGACACAGUCAAGAUGACAGGCUGAAGUUCAAAACGUGUAACAAAAUGGGGAAGAAAGAUGAUUCAAGCGACUUUGGACGUGAUGUGGUUUUUUGUCCCAGAUGGGUUGGUCUGGGUAUUUCAGAAACUGCUGAUCUGCUGGGAUUUUCCCACACAGCCAUCUUUUAUAGACAAUCAUGUGAGAAAGAGAAAAUAUCCAGUGAAUGGCAGUUCUCUGGGUGAAAAAACCUGCUUUGAGUUGAUAACGGCAACAGUAACUCAAAUAACAACACGUUACAACUGAGGUAUGUAGAAGAGCACUGCUGAACACACACUACUUCUAUCCUUGAAGUAGAUGGCCUAGAUAGCAGAAGACCACACUGGGUGGCACUCCUGUCAGCUCAGAAUGGGAAACUGAGGUUACAAUUUGCAUAGCAUUAGCAAAAUUGAGUAACAGAAGAUUGCUAAAACAUUGCCUGGUCUGAUGAAUCUCAAUUGCUGUUGCAACUGGGGUCAGAACUGGGUGUAAACGGCAUGAAAACAUGGAUCCACCCUGCCUUGUGUCAGUGGUUCAGGCUGCUGCAGGUGGUGGUCUGGUGUGGGGAAUAUUUUCUUGGCACACUUUAGGCCUCUUAGCAACAACUGAGCAUUGUUUAAACAACACAGCGUGACAACACCGAGUUUUGCUGCUGUACUCAUCUUCUGACGACUGCUUCCAGCAGCAUAAAGCGCCAUGUCACGAAGCUCAAACUGUCAUAAACUAGUUUCACAGUCACCAGAUCUCAAUCCAAUAGAGGACAUCUGCCAUGUAGUGGAACAGGAGAUUCACACCAUGGAUGCACAGCUGACAAAUCUACACUGUGAUGCUAUCAUGUCAACGUGGACCAAAGUCUCUGAGGAAAGCUUCCAGCACCUCGUUGAAUCUGUGCUACAAAGAAUUAAGGCAGUUCUAUAAGCAAACAAGUGGCCAGUGAGUGUAUCUUGUUCCAGUUUGGCAUCAAAUUAAACACUAGAACUGCUGUCACUUUUUAAUCUGAUCACCAUGUUAGCAUGUUGAUGUUAGCAGUGAAUUUGAAGCACUGAGUACUGUUAUUAGGGAAGUUCCUUUAUGUAAGUUGUCACAAAUUGCUCACAUUAUCAAUAUAGUGCUUUUGUCAAUACUUCCUCUUUCUUUCCGAUCCUUUAACUGAUGUUAUUCUUCUGAGCAUCCUGUGAAACAUUUAUCACACUGAUCUGUAUCCCAAAUCCUUUUUUUUAGUCACUCACUCAUGACGGCUAUAUUUGGUGUGGGACAUAAUUAUUUGAUCCCCUGAUGAAUUUGUAAAUUUGCUCACUUACAAAGAAAUGAACUCCAGUUUUCAUGGUAGCUUGAUUUUGAUUUUGAUUUUUUUGGGGGGAGUCACAAGAAAUCAACCAAAAAUCCUCAUUACGGAAAAAGUUCUAAACUGAAUUUUUGGUUGAUGUUCUGUUUCACUCCAUUAAAAUGAAACAACCAUAUAAUUAGAGUCUGUUCAUUUCUUUGUAAGUGAGCAAACUUACAAAUUCAACACGAGAUUAAAUAAUAAUUUCCCCCUCUUUAGAUGUACAACUUGAAGACUCAUAAUAUUUAAGCUCCACUGAAAACAGUGUUUAGUGGAGUUAACUCGUCCUCUCUGAGGAAGUGUAGCAACACUUACAGGCCUUUGUUGGUUGUGUGAGGUCAGAGGACUGGCUAGAAUAGCCUCACUGGCCAUGGUGGUGUCACGCUUGUUGAUUAUUUUUGUGUGGCUAGUUUAACUAAACAUAAUUUACUUUUAUUUUAAUUUAGAUAAUGUUUCUAAAAUUUAAAUGGGUGAAAAUAUUAUAGAAUUUGCAGUAAAAAGAACUAUUCGAAAAAAUAAUAUUAAAAUGACUGCACACCCCUGCAUUGGAAAUCACUGCGCUCACAAAUUGUGACUGCAGUUUGCAUUGCAGUCUCUACACAGUGCAGAGAAAAGAAAGAAAUUACCAAGUGAAAAAGAGAUUGAAUUAAAGUAAUUGAAAAGCACAGCGUUCAAAGGAACCUGUAGUUUCAAAAUUUCCAGCACAGCACUUUCUCACUCGAUUACAUUCUUCUCAAGGUUGGUAAGGAGUUUGCGACAUGCAAGUUUGGAUACACUGCAAGGAAGGACGCCGGCUUUGUUUGAAGCAGCCAUGAUAGGUGCUGAUCAAAAACAAACAAACAAAAAAAAGAGAAUUGUCUAUGAGGUCAACACAAAACUUCACCCGCGUGACCACAUGUUUUCUGAUAGGACAGUGCAACAAGGCCUAUGCAGCACUCUGCAUCCUCAGAACGUACAGCGGGCGGGGGUGAGCUUUCACAAAUGAGUAAUACCGCCUAUGUUGUUGUGAAUCUUGGAGAGAAGUGGGAAGAAAACUAAAAAUAAGCGCUUAGAUGAAUCUUCAGCAUCAGUUCUGGGGAGACAGAGAGGCACAGUUGGAUGCAACCUGUUAAACCUGGACUAUUUAGAGGGCGUUCACACAAUUGAUGCUGCUCACUAUAGAACCAUCCUCUUCAUCAGCUUGAGCACAGCAAUUAAGACAAAGGAAAUUAUCUCUCAUUCAAAUUUAAAAUAUAGGCUAAUUGUUUAUCAAGACAUUACAUAACCACACAGUGACUGGAUUUCAAUCAUGUCCUAAUUACAACAAUGAAGUAUUUUUCUUCCAAGCCAUCCAUUUUCUUUUAACGUGCCAGAAGCACUGCUGUUGCAUAAGGCUUGCUGUACAUGUGGAAUCUGUAUGAGCUGGGGUUUUUUUUAUACUACAUUGAUGUUUCUCAUCCUGCAGAGGAGUUAACCAUAAAGUAUAUCCAAAAUUAUUUUCUAUGAUCGUAUGUCUACUAUUCGUUUAAGAUCCUGAUACUUGUAGAGAUAUUGAUCCAAAUAUCUUAGCAUGAGCACUAAUUAUGCCUAUUUUAAAAUAUAAAAUGUGUUUUUAUGGUAUUUUGAGGGAUUAGAUACCCCUUAAAACCCUUUCUGCAGUUUGCACAAAAGAUUCAACAGCUGCCACUUGAAAACGGUAGGUGAAAGAAAAAGCUACUUUUAAUUUACAUAAUUUAUACAGCGGCCGUUUUUUCAGUUUUCUGCUGUAUUAAUUGUUAUCUCUUAGAAUACACCAUACAAUCUAACCAAUACAGAAAUACUAAUGAUUAUGAAAUUACUGCAACCCAUCAUCUCCAGAGGUUACUCCUGUGCAUGACCAUUAGUAUAAAAGAAAAUAACACAGUAUUCCACAGUAUUCCACUUUCAAAUGGAUCCAUUUCAUUCAUUCAGUUGAGUACACUUUGAACCUUAAAGAUUAGCUUCGUCUGGUAUAAACAACAGUUUAUUGUGACCUUAUGAACAUCCUAGAGUUGCAUAACGUGACCUUUGGUUUUAUUGCAG